CUGAUACACUUAGCUGCACAUGAAGCAUAUAGAAAACACGCACACAGUCAUCCCACAACCUUUGACGGAGUGUCAGACAGGUGGAAAUAUUGGGCUCUAAGCCUGUUGUAGGCAGUUCCCAUCAUUUCCUUAUUUAUGGCUUAAUUCCCUUGGAACCGGUGGAUCCAGUUGAGUAUUCGCCCCAGCCUGACAUCGAUUGACCCAGGUGUUGAACAGGCACAGGUUUCACUUCACUAUGUCAAAGCAGUUUCAGAUCAGAGGAAGAAAUCUAAUAGUCGGGGGAAAAGCGCUUAGACGCGUGUGAAAUGGAAAAGCUGACGGGCUUGUUCGGCGCAAAGGAAGUCACCAAAUCAUACAGACCCAAGCUUGCUUCCUAACUUUUUUCUUCUUUUUUUUUCGUUUUGGUGCAAGAUCGUCCCCUGUUUGUGACCAAUAUGAACUCCAGUUGAACAUGACAGUCAUCAGAGGACUUCAUCAUCACAGUAGAGACUGAAAAGCCUCUGUCAUUGGAAAUAAUCGAUUGUUUUUUACGCAAGGAUUUCUUUGGACACUUAUUUGCGUUUUCACAGGGGGGAGACCAAACACAAAGUUCUGCCCCCUGAAUAUGGACAUGGAGGCGUCGAAUGGCUAUAUUGCAAGUAACGGCGACUGCUCUCCCAGGAAGGAGAACUCGAGAAUGCUGGUGGACCUGUCGACCAGCACACCCAAUGGCCAACGUUCCCAAAGUCCUGAUUCCCCAGCUGCACGCACAAUCAAACAAGAAGAAGGUGCUGAGGAGGAGACGGAGAGGAGGCCGGAUGAGGCGGGUCACAGCGGUGAAGAAGGCUCUGGAUUGGAGGAGCCCAUGAUUGACAGCCCAAAUAAUAUACAAGAUGCUGGGCCAGGAACAGAAGUGCAAAAUGAGACGGGGAUAAGACUGCCAAAUGGUAAAUAUAAUGGUGACCGGCCGUUCCAGUGUAACCAGUGUGGGGUUUCAUUCACUCAAAAGGGCAACCUACUGAGGCACAUCAAACUCCACACGGGAGAGAAGCCCUUCAAAUGCCCGUUCUGCAGCUACGCUUGCCGCCGCCGUGACGCCCUGACCGGACAUCUGCGCACACACUCAGUGGGCAAACCACACAAGUGUAACUACUGUGGGCGGAGCUACAAGCAGCGCACGUCAUUGGAGGAGCACAAAGAACGGUGUCAUAAUUACUUGCAGAGCGUCGGCAUGGACUCCACCUCCAAUCCUGGCCCGUAUCCAGGGGAGGUACCAAAGGAGCAGAGGCCGCUGGAGUCUGCUGGGAUGACGGCUUUUGACCGGCCUCCUGUAAUUGAAAGACUGCAGGGGAAUGUGGGUAAACGGAAGAGCACCACGCCACAGAAGUUUGUGGGUGAGAAAAUGGUUCGCUAUUCGUACCCCGAGCUGAACUAUGAGAUGGGUCCUAAGUAUGAUAAGGAAGCUGAGGUGAUGCACGCCCAAUUGAUGGACCACUCCAUUAGCAAUGCCAUCAGCUACUUGGGCUCCGACUCCUUGAGGCCUGUUGUCCAUCACCCAUCCCUCUCCAUGGCCGAAGUCCUGCCUAUGGUGAACCCACUCUUCCAUCCCAUGUACCCGCUCGGCCCGCGCAUGGACCGUCCCAGCAGUCGCGAGGCUCCUCCGCUGCCCCACCCGAACCCAGAGUUCCCACACCCGACCAACGGCGCGAUUCCCUUGGUCAGGCCCAAGAAUCCUCAAUUGGCCCGAGAUGGGUCCCCGUGCAACAGCGGACAGGAUUCGGCCGAUUCGGCACGGAGCAGUCCUCGAGACAAGCUCGGAGGCGCCGGGCCCAGGACGAGAUCCAGCCCGGGGUUCGGCCGGGCGGAGGAAGGAAGGGUGAUCGACGCCACCCGCAUCGCCGCCAGGGACGGCGUCCGUGUCUUCGGCCGCGAAGGCCAGGAGCUGAGAGUGUUCCAGUGCGAACACUGCCGCGUCCUGUUCCUGGACCACGUCAUGUACACCAUCCACAUGGGCUGCCACGGUUACAGAGACCCGCUCGAGUGCAACAUCUGCGGCCACUGCAGCAAAGAUCGCUACGAGUUCUCCUCGCACAUCGUCCGCGGAGAGCACACCUUUCGUUAAGAAUCCCAGUCAGUUUACUGCAGACGGCAUCAGUUUACUGCCGAAGCAUUACGUGAGCACCCGUCGGCAGAUAUAUGAAGGUUUGGGUCCAAUAGAAAGUUUUCAUUUUGGAGCUGUUUUUUUGUUCUGGGUGAGGGGAUUUAUGUUGUGAAUGUUUCGUUUUUAAGUUUUUGUUUUGUUUGUUUUUUUUUCCACCCCACACACAGUUUAUUAUUGUAUAUGUACUGAACCUUCCAACAGAGCAGCUAUGUGUUAUCUAAAGUUGUGAAGUUCUUUCUCUUUUUUUGUCAUCUGUAUUACCUCGAUGCAUGCUGUCAUUCCUGUUUCACGGACCUUGAUCAAUAUUACAGGUAAACCGAGCAACCAGAGGACCACUGGAGAACUAAACCACUUCGUUUUGAAUAUGAAAAAAGACUUUGAUUCAUAGCUUCUUUCUGCUGUGGCUUCUUAGUGCCUUGCUGAAGUUUCCAACGGCACGGUUUUGCCUUUUAUGGAGUGUUUUGUAUCUCUUUAGCGUCUUUUCUCAUCGCUCGCUCUCUUUCGAUGAAGUUCCGGGGCGAACGAAAUGAAGCUUCGGUACUCGCGCUAAUGUACUCAUGCCGGUGCUAUUCUAGUUUGGCACAAAUCUUUCAGACACAUUUUAAUGAAGUUGAAGACAAUCCCCCUCGUGUCUCGUAGAUUUUAACGGGAGACUUUUGCAGAUGAGUUUUCCACGCUGUGUUUUGCUGCUGUCGCACACUUACUGUCAUCUCUUGCAUUCUUAUGCACUUCGCUGAAAACAGCACUGCGACAUGCCUUGAUAAACUUGUUUUUGCACUAUAAGCUUGAGGCCUUGGGCGAAAAUAUGCUAUUUCCAUGCUAUUGAUAAAGCAAACAAAGGUUAGUGUGUAGUUUAGCUAGUAUUUUGUCAUCUGUGAUUCAACAGGGAACAAGCCUGCACCUAUAUUAACAUGCUUUAACAACAGGGUUGCCAUACUUUUGAUUGAAAUCUGUGAAUUUCAUUCAGCCUUCAGACCAAAUGCCUCAUUAUUAAUGCCUCGUUAAUCAACCUCCUCUGACUGUCUUCAGUGUUACAGCACAAACUCAGAACUAGAGUUUAGAUUUUAUGAUGUUCUUUUUCAGUCAACUAAUGCAUUUUUUAGCCCAUACAUUGACCUGUGUGUUUUUAGUGGACUUUCUUGAGCUUUGAUCUGAAAUAUGCACUGCAUAAGCAUUUUUGGUUCGACUGUAGUUAGCUAACACAUUGUUUUGGUAACAGAACAAGGCAGAUCUUUACAAAACAACUUUUAUAGAAGUUAGACGACUACUGUCGAGAUUUCAUCGCUAACCCGAACUGCACAAGAGCUUUAAAAGAUAAAACAUGGUUUAUUAAUCAGACAAUGUUUCACCCCCUCAACAAAUUUCCCAUACUUGAUGUAGAGACUAUUUUCACGUUGUUUUCAGGGCAUUGAAAUCAGUCGUCUGUAGACUGUUUUGAAUGUUCACGUAGCCGUUUAUUCUCCUUUCCUGUUUCUCUUCCCUUCUUUCAUACUUUUUGUCUUUUACUCAAUGUUGAUGAAUAUUUACAUUAAGAAUUUUGUAGCACAACCAUAAAUCCAGCUUUAAAGUGUACAACCGCAGCCUUCGCAGACGUUCAGAACCUCCCUUGCACAUUUGUUGGGCUUUUAUGUCAGCGCUAAAAGAGCCUUACAUCACUAUCAGACUUUGUUGCACCUAUUGUUUUAUAAAGCUUUGCUUUUGUCUUUUCUGCUUUGAGAACAACUCCAAAAAACUGUGAAUAUGCCCUUUAAACUAUUAUGAGGAAAAAGACUUAAAAGGCACUGAUGGAAAUGCAUUCAUAUUGUUUGAACAUGUCAUUUUAUUGUUCUUUAAAAUAUCGUCUUGCCUUUUUACACCUCCAAAAAAAUGUCACAAAUCACACCUGAAACGUUUUGAAGAAUUUUAUUUUGUUCUUGUGAAGCAUGAAAAUCUUUAUGGAAAUCCUUUUUUUGUCACAUGCAGGCAUGAUAUUGAAUGUGCUCCAUAAUUCCAGGGCAUUUUAUAGAAUUAUUAUCAAAGCUUAUUGUAUAUUACACUUUUUUUUUUUUUUUUUUUUUUUUCAAAAAAAGGAACAAGGUGAAGGAAAUAUUGAUGUAAGAAUAUGUUUACAACCCGAAUGAACAAGAGCACAUGAACAAAACGUGUUCUUUUGAGGAGUCCACACACUUUUGGCAGUGGAGAGUACUUGAAAUUACGAGAAAGGCACUCUAGAGUCAGGUUUCACUUUUUACCUUAAAGUGUAUGGGACUGCUAUUUUCUCAUCUGUGUAAAUAUAUAUUUUUUUGUGAGCGAAAGGUGUUUUUUAACUGUACUUAUUCACUGUGGACCUAGCGGUAAGACAUGGGUUUGCAGUGUAUUUUUAUAUAAGUGAAUAAAUGUAUGAAUUAUAUACAGUAUAUUUUGGUAAAAAUGUUGAAAGGGGAUUAUCUUUUGCUGUGUGUCGGUUCGCUUUUAUUGGGUUUUCUCAGGUACAGUGUUGUCAAAAAUCUUCUUAUAAGGCAUUUGUAUGGAACUGUUGGAGAGAUUUGAAUUAAUAUUGAAUUGUUUAGUACAAUUUGACUUGAAAUCCAAGGUCAAAUAUAGAAAUAAAUGAAUAUAUAAAUAUAUAUAUUUUUAUUUUUAAAGAUGGACAUCUUAUAAGUAAGACCAAGGUUUACUACUGUAAAACUCUUUGUAAGGUUGACUUUUGUAACCUUGGCAUCUUUAAGGAGUGUGUCGUUUUAUGUUGAUUUUUAAAGCAUGGGCUUUUCUGCAUUAAAUACUGUCAUCAUCUGAACCUGUUGCUGUCUGUUCCGCUCUUUUCCUUCUCAUUUUCACACAAAACUGUUUUCACAUGGUUGUGUGGUGUUUAUAUUGUUGCUUGUGUGAAUCUCUCGAUCUUGUACUGAGAAUAGAUAUGUGGUCUUAUAUAGAAUGAGGCCCACCUUUUUUUUUUUGAAGGACUUGUGGUUUCAGUCAAAGGCCAUCUUUCUUCUUUCCACUGCCCCUCUCCGGUUUGCAGAUAUGCUCAGCAGCCAAGAUGUCAGACCAACAAACACAUGCAGUGUUACAGGAAAAACCAGCAAGAGACUGAUACUCUUACUGGGUGAUAAAGAAAGCAGUAAUUACUUUAAUUUGCAUGAAUAAUUUGAAUGUAAUAUACACUGCCUUUCAAAAGAUUGGCAUUUUGUAAAGACAUUAAUACUUUAAUCCACCAAUGAUGCAUUAAAACAGAUCAAAAAAGAUUUCUAUAAAUGUUUAAAAAACACUUUGUAUAAAUUUUCCACAUAAAUAUUAAGUAGCACAACCGUUUCAACAUUGAUAAUAAGAAGAAAUGUUUCUUGAGCACCAAAUUAGGAAUAUUAGAUUGAUUUCUGAAGGAUCAUGUGAUGGUAAAGACUGGAGUAAUGAUAAUGAAAAUUCAGCUUCACCAUCACAGAAGUAAAUUACAUUUUAAGAUAUAAUAAAAUAUAUGUUACUUUAAAUUGUAAUAAUAUUUUACAACAUUGUUGUUUUGACCGUGUGCAUUUUUAAAGGUAUUAGAUUGUGCUUUUAUAUAUGGAUCAUUGGUUUUGCAAUUUUGUGAUUCAUUUAUAAAUUAAUAUUUAAAAGUUAUUAUAAACCAGAUAGUUUGGGUUCUGGCUGCUGAUUAGUCUAUGUUUCAGUUAUGCUAAAAGGCAAAAGUAUGCCAAAUUUACUCAAUAAAAGCAGUUUUAAAGAAAACUUGUCCCUGAUAUUUUUUGUUCUGUUAACCUUUGUAUAAAACAAUGAGGCCCCCGAGGCUGUUUGUUAUGCUUAACCAAAGCGUAAUCUAACACAUUUGUACCUUACUGCUUCAUUUUAAUUGCCUUUAAUUACUAUCAUUCAAAGCUUU